CUCCAACUAGUGCUACCACCAUUGACACCGGGUAUCCGACAAUUUACAGCAUGGACCCCUUCGAAGUGCGGAUGAAUUUUCUGAGCCUCCUGCGUCGUCUGAAUGCUUCUCAACAGUCAAUACAGAAAGUCGUUACCUUUGCUGUCAAAAACCAUUCUCAGUGCGGGGAAGACCUCUGGGAUUGUAUAGUUGAAGAAUGUCAGAAGGGAACCAUUAACGCACGAAUUAAUAUCCUCUAUUUUCUCGAUGCACUUUGCGAGACAUGUCUUUUACUCAAAACAAAUUCGCUGGGCACUACUUCGAACACGAAUAUGUACGUGGAUUAUGUAUCGAGAGAUCUUCCGAAGAUCGUGGAGAAUGUUGUGCCGCCAGGAAGAGAAGGAUUGCCCAAUCUUGUUAGCACAAGGCAGAUCCUCGAGAACUGGCGUAGUAAACGUGUUAUCGACCCCCAAGUCAUCGACUCGGUAAUUUCUACCCUCGAAAUCCGACAAGCCGAAACCCAGGACGACCUUCCAGAGCCAGAAAAUGACGCCCCUACCGUCUCCCGAACCCAAAAAACAUCUCAACUUCCUCGACAAGAAGUUUUCAGGCGAAUAGAAGAGGAUAGAGAACGGCACAAACGUUUACGAGAACGCCGUUGGGUCCAGCCUACAGCAAUGACACAACAACAGCAUAACCCAGGAUUGACAUCUUUUCUGCCAUUGGAUAACGGCAUUGGCGAUGAAACCGGACCUCCAAUAGAUAUCGAGUUUGAUAACGAUUGGGAGACUUUGAGUGACUGGAAUGAGGAUGACGACGAGGCAUGUGCGGAAGAGAAUGCGUUAUGUUUUACGCCGCAGGAUCUAGCCGAGAGGAGGAGAAGGAUAGGUUUAUCGUAGUGUAUCGACCAGGCGGCCGGGCUUCUUGUGCUGUUGUUAUGGAUAGCUGUCAUGAAUACCAAAAUCUAGUCAAAGCUGAUAUUUGACGCCAUUGCAUUUCGAUAGGCGCCUUUACCUCAACAGCGAAAAACGCGACAGACUUCACCAGUGUUGCUCGGACACAUUGUCCAGGGACAGAAUGUGUGUCCCGUGGACAGCGUGUCCGACAAAUCAGUGGCGGACACAUUUGUUGUCUGUGUAGCGGACACAGGAAAAACAGUGGGCCGGUCGCGGUCCGCCUACCC